UCAGAAGCAGUGGGUGGUGCUUCUGAAAAGGGGGAGGUGUCGGGUGGCUCAGCUUGAACCAAUCUGAGUGUAAAUCGCUGCAGUUUAGAGACCAAGUGAGGACGUAGGCUGGAGUAUUCCGUGUCGGUGAAGAGGGAGUUUACUUUAGUCUCGUUACCCAGAGGUCAGGGCUCACCCGUUCAAAGCCCUUGACUGGGGCCCUGGGAGGAUGGAGCAGAGCCUAGCCCACAAACGAGCCCUGGUUACGGGCGCCGGGAAAGGCAUUGGAAGAGCCACUGCUAAGGCAUUACUAGAAUGUGGUGCAGAAGUUAUUGCAUUAAGCAGGACACAAUCUGACUUGGAUAGCCUUGUUCAGGAGUCCCCUAAGAUGUUGACUAUUUGUGUGGACAUCAGCGAUUGGGAAGCCACGGAAAAUUCUCUAAAAGAUAUAGGCCGUAUAGAUCUUUUAGUGAACAAUGCUGCAGUUGCCAUUUUGCAGCCCUUCCUAAGUGUCACAGAGGAUGCAUUUGAUAAAUUAUUUGACGUUAAUGUGAAAGCACUGUUGCAUGUUUCACAGAUAAUUGCAAAGGGGAUGAUGUGUCGUGGAGAAGGUGGUUCUAUUGUGAACAUCUCCAGCCAGGCAUCCAAGUGUGCUUUGAGAGAUCAUGCUGUAUACUCUAGCGCCCUCCAUACCAGGCAACAUCCUGGUGAACCUCCUCUGCACCCUCUCCCAAGCAUCCACAUCCUUUUGGUAAAUGUAAUGAAAUGUUGUGUCAUAUCACAACAUGUAAGUGAAUAUAAGAUCCGAGUGAAUGCAAUAAACCCCACUGUAGUGAUGACUGCAAUGGGUCGGAUUGGAUGGAGUGACCCAGCAAAAGCAGCAGGAAUGUUGUCCCGUAUCCCACUGCAUAGGUUUGCAGAGGUAGAAGAUGUGGUGAAUACAAUAAUCUUCCUCCUCAGUGACAAGAGUGCAAUGAUAAAUGGAGUGACUCUACCUGUGGAUGGAGGAUUCCUUUCUUCAUGAAUUAGUCUUUUUAGUAGGAUUGGUAAAUAGUUCCCGCAAUGUUGCUGAAGAUGUGUGUCCUGUAAUAGCUGGUUCAUUAAAAAUCCUUAUCAGAUUAGGUCACCAGUGAGGUCCUUCAUUUUAUUAGCUUCUGUGUUACAUACACAUCACAAAUUCAGCUUGUAUCUUGACUGCAGUCCACUGUUAUCCUCUUUAGACAGUAGUAGUUGGUAGUAGGGCAAGUGGAAAUUUCCUUGCUUCUUUUGGAAGUAUAAUUUCAGGUGCCAAAAGAGCAAAUCGUGAUUGGUAACUUCCUUAAUCCUGACCAUAAUAGUUGUUCAAGGUGUGCAAAAAGUCAAGUGAAUGUCUACUGUUGGAUGUUCUGAAAUUGUUCUGUAAUUGCUAAACAACAGUGUGCCAAACUAAUACCAGUUGAUCUUGUAACGUGACUCCUCUGUGCUUGCAAGAAGUUAGAGGCAGCUGCGAACCAAAUGACAAUGUUUCAAUCGUUGUCAUUUUUAACUACCAGGAAGGUGAUCUUUGAUUUUUUUUUAGGCAGGGGGGAGAAGGUAAUGUUGGAGGCAGCCAGUGGAAGGUGGCAUCAUCAGAACAAGUAUGACAGUGAUGGAGAAACUGGGAGAAUGGUACUGAAUCUUGUAGCAGCUAGAGUGUGACGAAGUGUAAUCAAGGUAACUGCAUGAGUCAAUGGGUUUGUAUUAGUUGUUAGUGAACAGAACAGAAAUGGAAGUUAAGGAAGAGAAUGAAAUGGACAAGUAAAGUGACAGAAGGAUGGAAAUUGUUAGUAAAAAUGAAUUUUUCCAAUCCUAGAUGAUGGAAGAAAGCUACAUCAUCAAUAAUGCAUCAGAAAAAAAAUUGUGGGUGGGACAUGCAAGUAUCCAUAAUGACAUAUUUGACUUGGAGGAGUUACAUGUGCUAAAGGAGAGGUUGUUGAGUGAGAAUGAGUUCAGCCACUGAUAGAGGACAGUGGUAGAUGAGACUGUACAGGCCUCUCCCAUUGAAGAAACAUAGAGCCUUCAGACCAGCUUGAUGGGUGAACAUAUAGAAGAAUUAUACAUUAAUGGUUAAGGGAAGGUUACUAGGGCCAGAAAACUGGAAAUUGUGGAACUGACAUAAAGCAUCAUAAUCCUUUUUUGAUUCUUAGGACUGUUUCCUUCUUUCUGUUUCCAUUUCUACUGAUAGACUGUCCAUUAACAUCCAUUACAAGCCUGCCAACUGUCACGAUUACCUGGACUACAAUUUUUCCUCCACUAUGGCCUGCAAUGAUAUCAUUUUGUCCUCCUAGUUUUUCUGUCCCUUUCACUUCUGUUCUGAUGUCUCCUUCCACUGGGCUGCCUCUGGCGUAACUUCCUUUUCCUGAAACAGAGAUUUACCCUGCAUUCCACCAACUAUAUCCAACCCACUUCAAACACUUCUGCCUGCAUCUAUUCUCCUCCUUUCCAAAACAAUACUAGAGUUCCUCCUUGUCCACACUUUCCACCCCUUUGCAUUCAAAGGAUCAUCUUCUGUCAUUUCCACCACUUCCAGCAAAAUACAGUCACUAAACAUCUUCCCUUCCAGUGUCAGCAUUAAGUAGUUCUGAUGCUGCCAGAUCUGUUGAAUUUCUCUUUUUUGCUCAUUUAGUUUGGUCAAGUUUGAAUGCAAAGUAUGGAAAAAUGUUAUACACUUAAAUCUGCUGCAACAAUAAAGACCGGCAUUUGCACAUUCCAAUGUGCUUUAAACAUUAAACAUUUAAUACUUCAAAUGCAGGCUCUUGUAAACAGAGAUGUGGUGAUAACUGGGUGAAGUUUUUGUAGUGUCUAUUUACAGAAUAAAUAUUGGCCAGACUUUGUUAAUUGGCCUUUGUUUAAUGUUUCACCUGGAAACAACAGGUCAGCUUUGUUUAUUGUGCUUAAAUGCUGAAACAAGAUUUGUAUCUUUCUGAAUCAAUGUGGAUAUGUUGUGAACUGAACCACAGAUGAUACAAUUAUGUAUUUCUACUUGCUAUCUACUGUGCAUAUAAUCACUGAUAAUAUUUUAUUCCUGCUGGGGAAAGAAAACUUGACCUCUUUUGUACUUUAAGCAAUUCCAUCUGUUUCAGCAGCUUUACUUAAGUAGUCACCAGGUGGGAGAACUGCACAAUAAAUUUGUAGUGAAAUUACUGAAAUAUUGAGCACUGUAGGUAAUCAUCAAGGUAAUAAUCUUUGAUUUGGAAUACACUUUGCUGUUCACAUCUUCCUGUUCACUUGGUAAAAUAAUGCCACCCAGAGAAUUUAAAGGAAAUAAUGGUAAAUGAAGCAGCUGGACUUGAGGUUUUGAUCUUAAAA